UUCCUCCUCUGAUGCCGAGCAGCUGUCGUACUCCUGAGAGAAUUUCCUGAAUGAAGUGUGCAGUCCGCUCUCAGCUUCUACAUUGCACAUUGCAACUACUAAUCCGGAAAGAAAACGAGAAGAGCUGAGCGUGUCGAACGGGUUUCGUCGUUGGUAACAGAUAGAAGAUGCCGAAGAAGAAGACCGGUCAGAGAAAAAAAGCCGAGAGACAGAAACUCCGGCAGAAAGAGAUCAGAGCGGCCAAGGAACAGAUUGACCUGGCGAAAUUUCCUUGCAACUCCGUAAUGGAAUGCGAUAAGUGCAAUAAAAAGCAAAAGAGUCGUGCCUUCUGUUACUUCUGUCAAAGUCUUCAACGUUUGCCCAUGUGCGCACAUUGCGGCAAAGUCAAGUGUAUGUUGAAAACAGGAGAUUGCGUGGUGCGUCAUCCCGGUGUGUUUACCACGGGACUGGGAAUGGUGGGAGCCAUAUGCGAUCAUUGCGAAGCUUGGGUGUGUCACGGAAGACGUUGCCUGACGUCUCACGCUUGUAUCUGUCCGUUGAUGGAUGCUCUUUGUCAAGAAUGCGAGAGAGGAGUCUGGGAUCACGGCGGCAGAAUAUUCAAGUGUUCCUUCUGUGAUUGUUUCUUGUGCGAGGACGAUCAAUUCGAGCAUCAGGCGUCCUGCCAAGUUCUGGAAGCUGAAAAUUUCAAGUGCCAAUCCUGCAAUCGUUUGGGACAAUACUCUUGUCUCAGGUGCAAGACAUGCUACUGCGAGGAUCAUGUUCGCAGAAAAGGAUUUAAAUACGAGAAGAAUAAGCCUAUUCCAUGUCCAAAAUGCAGUUAUGAAACGUCACAAACUAAAGAUUUAAGCAUGUCGACGAGAAAUCACAAGUUUGGUAGACAAAAUCAAGGAGGCCCGUCUGAGUCUGAUGAUGAAACUGAAUAUAACAAUUAUGGAAAUCAAGAUUCUUGCUAUGGAACUGCUAGUUACGCCAACGAUGAUGAAGAUGAGGAUGAUGAUGAGGAUGAUGAUGACUAUGAUGAUGACGAGGAUGACGAUGAUGAAGACGAAGAGGACGAAGAUGAGUCGUCAAGUGUGGAUGAGGAGAAGAAAGACAACAAAAAGAUGGAACCAACUUCAAGCAGUAAUAAAACUAAAGUUUAACACUUACAUAAAAA